AUGGCGCUGUUCUGCAUCCGCAGGUACGGCGCGGAGGACGAGCGGGAGGAGGAGGAGGAGGAGGACCGGGCGCGGGUCCUGCUGGAGCGGCUACAGCAGCAGGCGAGGGCCCGGCAGCUGAAGAAGCAGCGAGAGGCGCAGCCCGAGGGAAGGGAAGGCCCAGGGGGCGAGGGGCUGAGCCCCGGGGGGGAGCCCGGCGAAGGGAAGGGAAAGAGGAAGAGGGACAGUGAGGAGCAGCCCAAUGCGCAUAGACAGAAGCUAAAGACAAAACAACAGCCCCGCAGCUCAUCGGAGGAAAGGGCUGGAACUGAGGAGGCAGCAGAUGGCAGCAGCCCCACAAAGAAGAAAGCAAAUAGAAGAAAAUCGAAAGUGCAGCGAGAGAGGACUGAAGCAGAUUCUGAAGAAUACAUCAAACAACAGGAAAACAAAAACAACUUUAAAAACAAGUCUAAUAAAAGGAAGAAGACAGAUGAGGAAGCACAAGGAGAUGAAACAGGGAAGAAAGAGAGCAGUGAAAAAGCUGAAGGAAAUCAAACUACAAAGGAGGAGCUGCCCUUAGUAGCCUCAAGGGAAGAGGCAAAUUGUCCACCCUCCAGUAUGAUGAUUCUGGGAGACUACGAGGAAAAGCCAGUGCAGAAGGUCCAGCCCUUCUUACCACAGUGGCUUGCUCAACCCAAACGGGUGCAGAAACGCAUCAAAGAUAAUCUGUGUCCAGUCAGAGACGUCCCAGGAAUCCACCCCCGGCUGCUGAAAAAGCUGCAAAUGAAUGGAAUAGAGUCCUUUUUUCCAGUCCAGGCAGAGGUGAUUCCUGCCAUUCUCCAGAGUGCCUCCAAUGGCUACCUGAUGGGGAGGGGAGGAUACCGCCCCAAGGACAUCUGUGUCUCAGCACCCACAGGCAGUGGGAAGACCCUGUCUUUUGUCAUACCCAUUGUACAGGUUCUGUUAGAUCGAGUGGUUUGCCACGUACGAGCUCUGGUUGUUCUGCCCACCAAAGAGCUGGCACAGCAGGUGAGUAAAGUGUUCAACGUGUACACUGAUGGGACAGGUCUGAAGGUCGUUUUGAUUACUGGCCAGAAAUCUUUUGCAAAGGAGCAGGAGAUGCUUGUCCAGAAAAAAGUGACAGGCUAUUGCAGCCUGGCUGACAUUGUCGUGGCAACACCAGGGAGGCUCACGGAUCACAUUAACCAGACCCCGGGCUUCAGCCUGACACAGCUUCGCUUCCUGAUUGUGGAUGAAGCUGACCGUAUGAUUGAUGACAUGCACCAGAACUGUCUGAACCAAAUUGUCAAAGCUGCAUUCCGAGGAGAAAAUGACUCUGGCUCCAACAUGCUUUUUCAAAGAACCAAACCAGGGCCUGUAACAGCAGCCAGUUCCUGCUCUCCUCAGAUACCCUUACAGAAACUGCUGUUUUCAGCCACACUGACCCAGGACCCAGAGAAAUUGCAGCAGCUGGAUUUAUUCCAGCCUCGUCUCUUCUCAUCUGUGUAUUCUGAGAAAAAUGGAGAUGGAACAGAAACUGAACAAGAUACUAACAAUAAAUACACUCUCCCUGAGGGGCUAUCGCAAUAUUACGUGCCUUGUGACCUGAAUUCCAAGCCUUUGCUCCUCUUGUAUUUCAUGCUGAAAAUGGAAUUCACCCGCGUGUUGUGCUUCACCAACUCCAGGGAAGCCUCUCACAGGUUGUUCCUGCUGGUUCAAGCCUUUGGUGGAGUCACGGUGGCAGAGUUUUCUUCUCGGUUAGCUCCAAAUGAGAGAAAGAGAACCAUGAAGGAGUUUGAACAAGGAAAAAUACAACUGUUAAUCAGCACAGAUGCCACAGCCCGAGGAAUUGAUGUUAAAAGAGUGAAUUAUGUGAUAAACUAUGAUGCACCACAGUUCAUCAGGACCUACAUUCACCGGGUUGGAAGAACAGCUCGUGCAGGAGAAACAGGUGUUGCUUUCAGCUUGGUCCUUAGAAUUCAGGAGCGGCGGUUCCUGCAGAUGUUGAGGGAUGCUGGCAUCCAGGAUAUAAAGAAACACCCAGUGAAGGGCAACUCAUUGAAGCCAUUGGUGCAGCAAUAUGAGGGAGCUCUGUGUAAGCUCGAGAAGACGGUCAAGAACGAGCGAGCACAGAGACGAGCCUGAAUGAAUGGAAGCUGAGAUGGCUGAAGCUGCUGCGUGGGACAGGCCAUGGACUGCUCCCCAACACAGCAACACUGAGUCAUGGUCCCUCAAUGGUUCCUCAACCUUAUCAUAUCUGAAGUCAGCUAUUACAGGCCUUUUUCCUCUUUCGAGGACACUGUGGACAGAGUUCAGUUACUGGUUUAAAAGAGAAAAAAAAAAAAAGAGAUGACUUUUGAGAUACAGGUUGUCUUGAAGAGGACUUUGCAUUGUAUCCUGCUGGCAUAUGGAGAAUUACCACCAGCUCUUGAGCAUAGCCUGAUGGAAGUGCUGUCCUUCAGUGGUGAGGGCUGGGCCCUCACUGCUGUGCUGGGACAAUGGUUCUGUCUGUCUGCAAAUGCAUAAACACCUGUGUAGUGCCUGUAGCAGAAAUGUGUUUGAAGAGCUGCUCUAGGCUGCAGUGACUCCAACUUUUAAGUAAAUAUUAAAUAAUAUAUAUAUUUUUAAAACAGUGUCUAAUAAAGAUUCUUGGGCUCAGGAAUUGGAC